GGAUUCAUUUUGGACAUAAGCGAAAACUCCAGACACCUCUACUAGUUUUAUUUUUUUGCAAAUUAGUAGUAAUCAUCACCUAAAAAAGCAAUUAAAGUCCCAAUAAUACACCCAGCCAGCUUAGAAUCUGAGAUCCCCUUGAAAAAUAAAAACUAAAAAGCGUCGAUAUGGAAAACAAUGGAAGCAAGUUGUGGAGAUUGAACAAGGAAGAGAAAAAAGAAGAAGUGAAAUCAGGGAAAGCAUUAACAAUAAGAAUAGCUUUAAGUUUGUUAUUUGGAAACAUUGAUUCAAAUGAUGAGCGUCAAGUAGUUCCAAUGGGUCACGGUGAUCCUUCGCCUUUCAAUUGCUUUCGUACUUCCGUUGCGGCGGAGGAUGCUGUUGUUGAUACUCUCCGCUCCGCCACCUUUAAUGGCUACGCCCCCUUCUACGGCCAACCCCCCGCCAGAGAGGCAAUAGCAGAAUAUAUAUCGAAAGAUGUUCCUUACAAAGUAUCAAGAGAUGAUGUAUACUUAACUCUUGGUUGCAAACAUGGAAUUCAAAUAGCAUUAACUGGUCUUUCAACUCCUGGUUGCAACAUUCUACUGCCAAGGCCAACUUUUGCGAUGUAUGAUGCAGUUGCUGCAUAUACAGGUCUUGAAGUCCGAAAGUAUCAUCUUAUUCCAGAAAAUGGAUGGGAAAUUGAUAUAAACUCAGUUGAAGCUCUAACAGAUAACAAUACUGUUGCUAUUGUUGUAAUAAACCCUGGUAAUCCUAGCGGAAGUGUCUACACUCGCCAACAUUUACAGAAGGUUGCAGAAACUGCAAGAAAGCUUGGGUUACUUGUGAUUUCUGACGAGGUGUAUGAACACAUUACUUUCGGUAACAAUCCAUUUGUUCGGAUGGGAGAAUUUGCGUCCAUUGUUCCUGUUCUUACACUUGGGUCCUUCUCUAAGAGGUGGCUUGUUCCUGGCUGGCGACUUGGUUGGCUUGUCACCACUGAUCCUACUGGCUUCUUACAAAAAUCUCAGUUUAUGGAGCGCGUUAAAGAAUUUAUCAGCAUAAGUCCUGAACCCCCAACAUUCAUUCAGGCGGCAGUUCCUGAAAUCAUUGAGAAGACAGAAGAAGAGUUCUUUUCAAAAUGCAUCAAUGUGCUUGGACAAGAUGCAGAUAUUAUCUUUGAAAAACUUAAGGAGAUUCCUUGCAUUACAUGUCCAAAUAAACCAGAAGGUUCCAUGUUUAUAAUGGUCAAGUUAAAUGUGUCUAUGUUGAAUGACAUACAAGAUGAUGCUGAUUUUUGCUUAAAGCUCGCUAAACAAGAGAAAGUCAUCAUUCUACCUGGUUCUACUGUUGGAAUGGAAAACUGGAUUCGUAUAACAUUUGCACUUGAGCCAUCAAUUCUUGAAGAAGGUCUUGAAAGGAUGAAAGCCUUUUGUCAAAGGAAUGCAAAGGCACUUUGAGAUUCCUCUUUGGUUUGCAAGGAAUGAGAUGAUCUAUCAAUUGUUGUUUGUCUCAAGAUCUUUAUAACAUGGAUAACUUUAAUGUUCAAAUUCACCUCGUUUUCUAAUGUCAUAAUCCUUUUUUUUUCCUUUUUAAAGUGUCGUAGCACUUGUAUUAAUUAAGCACGCUAUGCAUGUAUUCUAUUUUAUAAAAAUACUACUCCCUCCGUUUC